GGCCCCAAAUGCAACGGCUCCAAAUGCAACGGCCCCAAAUGCAACGGCCCCAAAUGCAACGGCUCCAAAUGCAACAGCAUCUGCCAAUAGCACUACUCCAUUAGAUAUUAACUUAAGUUUCAGCAUUGUUGAUACUUUCAAGGCCGUCUACUCCAACAUGAGUGCUCCAGAAACCUUAUCUCUCAUAAAAAACAUCACCACACAGAUUGAGCCAGUUUACAAGAAGCGUUUUUCAAAGUUUCUCCGAAUGGUUAUUAAGAGAUUCAGGAGUGGCUCUAUUGUGGUAGAUUCAGACCUUCAAUUUGACAGCAAUGGCACUACUCCUAAUGCGACAGAUGUGAAGCAAGUCCUUAUCGAUGCACUUGCAAAUGGAAACGUGACCAUCAAAAUCAGCAAUGACACCAUCAACGUUACAGCACCUGCCACACCUGCAAGCCCAAAUGCAACAACCCCGAAUGUACCGGCAAAUACGAACUCAACUGGGACAUCUUCAAGUGUAACAGUCUCUGCCAAUAUCACUACUCCAUUAGAGUUUAACAUAAGUUUCAGCAUUGCUGACACUUUCAAGGCUGUUUACAACAACAUGAGUGCUCCAGAAACCGUAACUCUCAUAAACAACAUCACCACUCAGAUUGAGCCAGUUUACAAGAAGCGUUUUCCAAAGUUUCUCCGUUUGGUUAUUAAGAAAUUCAGCAAUGGCUCUAUUUUGACAGAUGCAGUCCUUCAAUUUGACAGCAAUGGCACUAUUCCUAAUGCGACAGACGUGAAGCAAGUCCUUAUUGAUGCACUUGCAAAUGGAAACGUGACCAUCAAAAUCAGCAAUGACACCAUCAACGUUACAGCACCUGCCACAACUGUAACACCUGUGACACCUACUAGCGCCACAAAUACUACCUCAAAUACUGCACUGUUUACUUUAGUAUUCAGCAUUCUGGACACCUUCAAUGACACUUUGUCAAAUUUGACCUCAUCUGACGCUAUAACUCUACAAACAAAAAUCAUCAGUCAGUUUGGUAAUGUUUUCAAGAAACGUUUUACAAACUAUCUGCGAAUGCUAAUUCAGAAAUUCAGUAAAGGCUCCAUUGUGACGAACAGUUCACUUGAGUUUAACAGCACUGGCGGUACAGUUGGAGCACAGCAGGUGGUUGACACAAUUAUUCAAGGAAUUCAAAAUGGAAAUUUCACCUUCAAAAUCGAUCAGAAAUCCAUCAAAGUUACAGACUCAUCAGGAUUCACAGCGUCCUCCAGUUCUCGAGUGAUCACUAGUAUGCUCACAGUUCUGUUGAUGAGUCUAGCAUCACUUCUGCUGUCAGGAGUGAUCCGCCUAUAAGCACCACAUUCACAUGAAGAAUCAAAGAAAAACUAUUCCUACAUUUAAACAUGAUUACAUGAAAACAUAUUAUGAAUGAUCAUGUCAUCUUUGAUCUUUUACACUCAUUACAUACUAUUUAGUAAGCAUUCAGAACCAACAACUUAUUGUACUUUGCGCAAUACCUCAUAAGCUGUAACAGUUAUCUGAAACAGUGGUCUUAUAUUUAGAGCCAGGUGAUGUAUUUUAUGUCUGAUUUAUAACAUUUUGUUUAUAGCUCUGUUAUGUCUAGUGUAUACUGAGUUGGAGAAAUAAUGAGGAUAGGUUUAUACAUCUUACAUUUACACCGACUCUGAACAUUUCUCCAUGCCACAGUAAUUGCAUAUAUAUAUAUAUAUAUAUAUAUAUAUAUAUAUAUAUAUAUAUAUAUAUA